GGGCGUGUAUAAAUUCCAUCAUGCCUCCUUAUGUGUCGGCCAUUUUAUAUUCCUCAGCAUCACAUAAAAGAAUGCCAAACACGACUUUGACAGGUCGAUCCUUUGAGCACAAAUAGCCAAAGUGACACCUUACUCAUGGGAAUUCUUGCUUGACUGACAUGUCUACUAACAACUGCGACGCAUUCCUGCAUCAAUGUCCGGCAAACAUCAACGAGCGAAUCGGUGGCAUGAAGAAGCGAGUUGCGCCCCUACUGGAUUUGUCACUUCUAUCAGGUCACCGAUGACGAGCGAACAGCUAGAUGCUUACAUCAUGGGCUUUCGCAUAGCUGAAAUCACGGAUCAGCUUCGCACAAACGACCUCAAUCAUACGAGCGGGACUUCAACUCGGUGCUUAUCGCCUACACCAGAAUAUGAUAAUGCGGGCAGGCGAACCAACAGCCGCAAGCAACGAUAUCGUAAACAGCUGGAACGAGAGAGAGAGAGCAACUGGUGCAGGCUGCUUUGAAGACAAUACCAGCUUACCGACCACCAUAUGAUUACCGUUGGAAGAGAGAGACGUUUACCGACAAAAUCUACCUACCUGUUGCUGACUUCCCCUAUGUGCCUUUCAUUGGGCAAAUUCUGUGGCCCCGUGGCAGCAGCUUGAAAGCUAUCAACGAUCAGUCGGGAGCUAACGUCGUCACUCGUGGGAAAGGCAACAGGGACUCGCCGAGCCACUGCCAACGAUUGCAGAGAACCCCUUCAUUAUUUGAUCACUGCGGACUCACCAUUCAAAGUCGACCAAGCCAAAAGGGCCAUUCAAGACGUGAUUGAAACAGCCACUACGACACCGGAUCGCGACAAUAAGAGGAAGACCGAACAGCUCCGUUCUCUAGCGAUAAUGAAUGGCACCUUUUGCGACUAUGAGAGGUCAAAAGAAAACAUGUUGGAAUUGACUGACAGCAGCGAAAACCAUAAAAAAACCAGGACUUGGCCAUGUGCAGUUUGGAUCCAAGUCAAGCACAGGUUCAGGACUAGACGCUCACCUGGACGAAGAAUACCAGCGAUUGAUGUCCGAGAUCUAGGGGGUAUAACCAACAAGUUUGAAGCCCCUGAGCUUUCUUUGCACUAAUAAACUAUAAGGAAAUAUGAAUAUGGCAAUCUUGGGGGUUCUAAGCCACCUUGUUGUAUGUGUGGUAUCAUGCUAUUAAAGUCAACUUUGACAUCAGAUGCUCAUGAAGAGGUCCUGAAAGACGUAGCAGGUUUGUAGGAAUACUCGGUCAUCGAUUCAAGCAGAUUUAUAAUAUGAUCUUAUUCCAUACC